AUGUAUUCCACCCUGUCCCUUGAUAGUCGACGGCAUUAUGGCGUCGUCCUGGAUGCAGGAUCUUCCGGGACUCGUGUACACGUGUAUCGGUGGCUAGAUCACACUGUCGCGCGCAAACAAGCCGACACCGACGAACUGAAAACGUUGCCAGAGCUCAAGACUAAACCGGAAUGGACCAAGAAGAUACACCCUGGUGUAUCAUCGUUCGCAGAACGACCCGAGGCGAUCGGUCCCGACCAUCUCGCGGAGCUUCUCGACCAUGCUCGUAAGAUUGUGCCUGCCAGUGAGAUCAAAGAUACGCCCAUCUUCCUCCUCGCGACUGCUGGAAUGCGACUUCUCCCCAACCUGGAGCGCGAGCUACUUCUCAAUCAAAUCUGUACCUACGCCAACGAGAAUUACGACUUCCUCCUCCCCGACUGCGGGGUACACAUUCAAGUCAUUCCAGGUGUAACUGAAGCUUUGUACGGAUGGAUCGCGACCAAUUACUUGCUGGGUAGCUUCGACGAACCCAAAGGCCAUGACCACGGCAAAGGCCAUCACACAUACGGUUUCUUGGAUAUGGGUGGAGCGUCCGCGCAAAUCGCUUUUGCUCCUAAUAUCACCGAAACCGAAAAGCACGCCGACGAUCUGACCUUGCUCCGUCUGCGCAACGUCGACGGAUCCACUCAGGAGCAUCGGGUGUUUGUCACGUCGUGGCUGGAAUAUGGUGUGCACGAAGCUCGGAGGCGUUAUCUGGAGGCCCUCCAAACUGCACUCGGGUCGGCUAAGGAACUCCCCGACCCUUGUCUCCCACAAGGGCUCCGAACCACGAUCGACGGGAAACCAAUGCCAAGUGACGGGAAGGUGGAGCUAUCGUUGCUUGGAACCGGGCGCUUCGACGAAUGCUUGCGACAGACAUACCCAUUGUUGGAUAAGGACGCGCCUUGUGCUGACCAACCCUGCCUUUUGCACGGAGUACAUGUGCCCGCAAUUGAUUUCGACGUCAACCACUUUAUUGGUAUCAGCGAAUACUGGCAUACGACGCAUGAGAUCUUGGAGAUGGGCCACAAGGACAAAGCAUACGAUUUUAACACCUACCAACAGCGCGUACAACAGUUCUGCUCGCAGGAUUGGGAAGCUAUCGAAAAGGGCGUCGAAAAACACAAGUGGGGAAAGAAGGUUGAUCAACAAUCAGCCUACGAGGUUUGCUUCAAAGCCUCGUGGAUCAUCAAUAUGCUGCACGACGGUAUUGGUAUUCCUCGUGUAGGUCUAGAGGAUACGACUGGUUCUGGUCACAAUGGAACCAAGGAGGUCCUUUCCCACGGCAAGAACAAGGGGUUCCUCGAUCCCUUCCAGGCGGUGCAUAAGAUUGAUUCCACGGAGGUCAGCUGGACAUUGGGGAAAAUGGUUCUUUAUGCGUCCUCUCAGGUCCCUACAGAGUCCGAAGAAGUUCUUCCGGUCGGGUUUGGAAGCAAUGUUGCGGGGGUCCCUAACGAUUUUCAAUACCCUAGCGUCGAACUAUUCCCCAACACCGAGACCCUGCAUGGCAGCAAUUGGCAGGACGCCCUCUUCGAUGGAAGCUCGCCGCGCCGGGCUCCAGGCUUUGUUCUAUUCCUGCUUAUUGUCGCUAUGGCAGCAUUCUUCCUCUGUGGCCGGAGUCGUCGGUCGAGAAUGUUUCACAAGUUCAAUACCCUUUUCAAGCGUGGCGGUCCGUCUCGUGCGAAUUACCCUAAGCGACGGGGCUUCUUUGGAGGGAAGCUGCCGUUCUUCGGCCGUCGGUCACCAUCCUAUGAGCGUGUUCUCGAGGACGGUGCCCGUGAGUACGAUUUGGGCGCUUCUCACUUCGGUCGAGCCUCGCUGGAUAGACGACACUCCUCCGAGACAGACUCCAGCAGCUUUAUGCCACCGAAGCGAACCUCGAGUUGGAGCGGCCCUGCCACUCCUAGCUUCAAAUUCUCUUUGGACAAUUCUUCCACGGCGACCAUUGGGUUGGGGAUCUCUGCUGACUCUGGCGUAAACGCCAUAGAUCGUGCAGGCUUGGUCGUGAGGACGGAGAGUAGGGACCACUUGGCUCCUGUGGCAUUGGGGCCGACCACCAACGGUCGUCGUUCGCGUGCAGGUAGCCCAACGCGAUCCCACCGAACUCCUAUCACAUCACCUUUGGCUGAAGAUUAA